GUUUAUCUCUCUUGUGAUGAGUUGCAUCUCUUCCUCCUCUUUCUCAAUUCUUGUUAAUGGCGAUAAGACAAAGGCUUUUCUUCCUUCUAGAGGCCUUCGACAAGACUAGUGAUAUUGGCAAGUAUUUGGGUAUCCCUAUUUCUGCUAAGAGGCAUUCCAAGGCUGAUUGCCAAUUCAUUUUGGAGAAAAUCCGUUCGAAACUUAUUGGCUGGAAAACCCAGUUUCCCUCUAUGGCUGGUAGAGCCACUCUUAUAUCUUCUGUAUUAGCCUCUAUUCCUAACUUCUAUAUGCAAACCAUGUGGCUUCCUUCUUCUGUUCAUAAGGAAAUUGAUAGAAUUUCCAAUAAUUUCCUUUGGGGAUCUACUGACAACCAACGUAAAAUCCACUCUAUAGGCUGGGAUACUGUUUGUCUGCCUAAAAGUAAAGGAGGCCUUGGUUUUCGUAGUGCAAGGAAUGCCAACAUUGUUGCCAUGAGCAAGCUCAAUUGGAGGCUCCAUACAGAGGAAGACAAAGCGUGGAGGGAGGUCUUAGUUAGGAAAUAUAACAUUAAUAACUUCUCUUUUGCCCCCUCUUCAUCUGCUUCUCAUGCCAUUAAGUGUAUCUCUAAAGGCACUGAGUUGUUUAAGUCUGAAAUCAAGUAUAUUGCUCGCAAUAGCCAUUCCAUUUCCUUUUGGUUUGAUCAUUGGGUUGGUGCUACACCUUUGAGGUCUAUUUUGUUUGGUCUACUCAUUGAAAAUGCGGAGUCUAUUCUUCUCUCUGACGCCCUCAGUAAUGGUGCCUUCAACAUGGAUGCUAUUAGUUACACCUUGCCUAGUGACUUGGUCAAGGACAUCUUGGCUAUUCCUCUAUCGAAUCUUCCUUUUGUUGUUGAUGGGUUGAUUGGUUGGGACCCUCCUCCACCAGGAUGGCUCAAACUUAACACUAAUGGAUCUACUGUUGGUAAUCCCAAUAAUGCUAGUUGUGGAGGCCUUUUCAAGGAUUAUCCAGGGCAUUGGGUUAUUAGUUUCACAAGCAAUAUUGGCCUUACUACUGCACUCGUUGUAGAAUUAUAUGCCAUUAGGGAUGGUCUCAAUAUUGUUGUUUCUCAUCACUUCCACUCUGUUAUUGUUGAAAUUGAUUGUCAGGUUGCUUAUCUUCUUUUGACUAUUACUGUCAACAAGCUCCACCCUUGUAGCACUCUUAUUUUGAAUUGUAGGGCCCUUUUGCACAUUAUCCCCCAAGUUCAAGUGAAGGAUGUGCUGAGAGAGGCUAACAUAGCUGCAGAUGCUCUUGCGAAAAAGAGGGUUUUUGCCCCCCAUGGCUUAAGAAUUUUGAAUGUUUUUCCACCAACGGUGCAUCUCUUGUGUAUUGCGAAUUAUGUAGGAGUUAGUUACUCUAGACCUUAAGUUUUUUAUCUAUGCCUUAUUUAUCAAAAAAAAAAAACUAUUAUAUUUAGUCACAAGUUUUAUUAUAAAUAGUGUUUAUUAUU